GUGUCUCUCCUCUAUAAGAAAUCAAGAGAAACUCCCCAAAGAAAACUUGUAAUAUGCCGCGGUUUGCCAGCUCCCCUGGACACCAAACCUUGGUGACGCUCAAGCACAAGAAGAAGUCGCUGGCGGAUGCCGUGAAUGAGCAGCUGACGGCGUCCACCCGCGGCGGUGGUGGUCAGGAGUACGCAGAGGAGGGCGGAGUCGCGGAAGACUUCGACUUCAGCGACACCGACAUUGACAACAACGGCGACGUUGGCACAGACGAUGCGUACGAUGGGCAAAAGGCUGGUCGUGCGGCAGCUGCCUCGGGAAAGAAGGCAAAAGGCCCCACGAAGAGCACCGUGGCGUCUUCUUCGGCCUCUUCACGACUGCGACACCGUGGUCCGCUCGACACCAGCCUCAGCGAAGGGAAAUACGCCGCCGUCCCCGUGAACGUCGAGGCUGCGAUGGACGACAUCUUUGGCGCGUUGGAUAUGGGUGAUAUGGAAGCAGAAGGAGAGGAGAUGCUCGACGGCGAGGACAAGGAGGGGGAGAGCUUCAGCGAUGCGGACUCGCAAAACGGCUCGGCAGCGGAGGCGCGAAAGACGAAGAAGCAGCCGGAGUCGGCGACCCGCAAGCGACGGCGCGCGAAGGACUUAACAGAAGACGAGUACGCGGCCUGGUUCGAGCAGAAGAGCCAGAAAGAGAAGAAGUCUGGUCGGCUGCGCCGUCCGCUGUCGUUUGGUGCGGACGGCGGCGAUGAGGCGUCGAUGAACAGCGAGGAGGCGGACAUUUUUCGGCAGCUCAACGAGCUGCGGCGGACGCAACACGUCAGUCUUGUCCCGUCUGCGGAUGCCGCGGCGGCGGCGGCGACGACGACAACGAUGAGCGCUGCCGCCGCCGUCCAGAGCGACGCGAAGGGCACACGUGACGCCGUUCAACGUUUUAUUAUGGUCUACGGUCAGCUGCUACGUCUGCGUGUGCUGCUGCAGCCGGCCCUCACGCGUGCCAUCAGCGUACCGCAGUACUACGCUCACUCGCUCUUUGUGGAAAGCAAUCCGGCCGUUGAGCAGGCGGCAGCGGCAACGGCCGCAACGGCCGAGGAAGGUCGCCACCUCGUGGAGCAGCUGGCGGAGCAGCGCGAGGCCGCAGCGGAGAAGUACGAGGAACUACAGGAAGAUAUAAAAGACGUGCUUGCCACUCUGUACGCCGCGGCGACAGGGAGCAGUGCGAAGAGUAGCGUGCAUAACGAAGACGACGAUAGUGCCGCCUAUGGUGCAUCCCACUCCACAAAGUCAAUCAAACGCGCCAAGGUGGAGGAGGUGCCGACCUACCGCGCGGUUGAAAGGUAUCACGAGCGUGUCCUCCGUCACGCUGACAUCUGCCUGGACUACUGGGGAGCGAAGCUGGUGCAGGCGAACAGCGCAAAGCUCAAGACCAUCUCGCAGCCGCUGCCGCAGCAAAUUGCGGCUAUUUUGAUCGCCCGGUCGCGUCUGCGCGCGAAGGUGCAGAAGAAUCGUUCGCACAUGGCGAUUCUCGCGCAUCCCGAGCACGUCCGCGCCUCCUCCUCUGCGGCUGUGAAGGCGCAGCGCGCACUGCACAUCGCGGAGGGCGACGUCGAUGCGGAAAUCUACGAUGACGCGGACUUUCUGCGCGAGCUGGUGCGUCGCGGCGGGGUGGUGGCGAAUCAGCUGGAGCAGAAGGUGAAGGACAUGCAGCAGGCGCUACUGCCGUCUCGCGAAGGGGCGCGGAAGGGUUUUCACAGGGUGACAAAAGGUAAGGCGGUGAACUACGAGCCGAGGCCGAAGUUGGUGGGCUUUACGAUGGCCGAGUCACUCGACGACACGCAGCGCAAUGACGUCGUGGUGAACAGUCUCUUUCAGUGA